AAAGUUUCAGGGCCGAGAGGCAGGGGGUUUUACUCGAGAGCGGUUAUGAGCGAAUGGGAGUGAAUGAAGUGCAUGAGUGAAUGUAUUUAACAGAAACGUUAUUAAAGUUAACGUAUUUUAAGAUAUAAAUCUUUAUUCCUAAAGAAUUAUUUGAAAAUCCACAAUGGUUGCAACUAGCACGCUGAAGAACAAAAACACCGAAUGCAUUUCGGAACGUUUAGACCGCAGAUACGACCAGGCUUUCCUUGAUGACGAACUGGACUACUGGGACCACGUGCUCGUAGAGCCCAACCUGUGCGGAGAGGUACUGGAGGACCCCGUCUGCCGCCGGCUGGCCAAGAUGCUGGAGAGCUGCCUGUCCCAGGCCAAGAAGACCAAGCUGCACUGCUCGGAGGUGCUGGUCCCGGAGAGGCUGACCCGCAGGAUCGCGCGGGACGUCCUGCGGCUGGCGCGGGACGAGCCCUGCGGCCUGCGGGGGUGCGUGCUGCACGUGCUCCUGGAGGCGGAGGGCGGGUGCAAGCGGCUGGAGCGCGUGGCCUGCGACCCCAGCGUGGUGCCCACCUUCGAGCUGACGCUGGUCUUCAAGCAGGACGGCAGCGCCUGGCCCAGCCUGCGCGACUUCCUGCUCACCGGGGCCUGCUUCGCCCCCCGCUUCCGCCCCGCCCUCAAGCUGGGCCCCGGCUUCCGCCUGGUCAAGAGGAAGCUGUACUCUUCCUCGGCUGGCACCGUGGUGGAGUACUGAAGACCCCCCCCCCGCCCUGGCGUCGCCCGCUGCUCCUCGCCCCGUUCGCUGUUAAAUCGGGGAAACGCUGAAUUUUGGUGCUUCGUUGGGUCGGCGUUCUAGCCCGUCCUCGGCUCAGAGAGAGUUUAUAAAAAGCUCUUUUUGCGUGUGCUUACCCAUGAUCCUCUCUGCGUCUGGCUGGGACAUUCAGUGUGAAAAUUCAGCGUUUCCUGAUUAACUACGGGGGGUGAUCAGAUCAUGAAUCAUAACCUUGAUCCUUCUGCAGAACCUCUGAAUGUAAAUGUCUCUGUUCAGCCAUGUGGCACAUUUUCUUUUUUUUUUGUGUGUGUAACACCCCCUGGUUUCAGAGUUUUUGUACUUGUACUUAAGCUGUCUGUUAAGUGCAGGAUUUAGCCUACCUCAUGGGACAGUCAGCAGAAUGGAGGGGAGUCUGAUUUAAGGUGGGGGGUGGGGGGAGGGGGCAUCUGAAUGAGCAGUAGUUUGUUACUAAGCAGGAAUGCUGAUGGAAUCUCUGUUGGUUAUUUCCUGCAUAGAAGCUUUAGUAUCUGGGUAGAUUAGGGAGGCAGGGUUGGGGGAUAAGUCACAGGCAGUUUGAUUGGUCGCUUACUGGGAGACUCGAUGGCCACAGAUAUGAAAUUAAAUGGAAGCAGUUUUCUGAGUCGAUCCAAAUGUUUGCACUUUAUUUUAUACUGAAAUGGUUAUCGCAUACAGCAGUCUACACUCACUGUAACUGAACAGGUGUAUUGUAGCUGUCCUUUUUAGAAAAAAAAAAAACUGUCACGCUAAAUCCUUGUAAGGAGUUUGGAUUUACUUAUGAAUUUUUUUUUUUUUGCCUUGUCCGCUUGUCAAACCGCAGACUCGUUUUGGAAACCCGUCUGCUGCCGUCUGUAGAACUGGGCGAGCCUCUGCUUUCGCUGUGCCGUACUGUAUAGAAAAUGCGCCUGUGUGGCUGACCUAUCAAAUGUCAAGACUCUGCUUGCUUCCCUGGUGGCACGGGAUCUUUGAGGUACUGAAAUAAAAUCCCCAUAUCCUCGCCCCCCAAGACUAAGCCCUUAGCAUGUUGAGCUCUGGGGAAGAAAGGAAAAAAAGAAAAGUUUGGAUGCUGGCCACCUGAUUGGUUAGUUUGCACUUGCACCUUAUUGGUCAGAUUUCAUUGCACUAUGGGAAUUGUACGUGGGUUCAUUUGCUUUUUGUGGUCUUCGUACGCUGACUGUUCUUCUGUUGCAAUGUCUCUCCAGGGUUUUUUUUUUUCUGUUACACUGCUGUUCAUGGCUAUUUUUUUCUUUCUUUUUUUACUGAUUUCCUGUUAAAGGAAGUGGAAAUUCUUGUCUUUUUGACAAUAAAUAUUUUUUAAACCGUGA